UUUUUUGCUGUGGUUUAGACUUGAUCUCGGUUUGCAGCGUAAUUUGAAUUUAAAUAGUGAUUCGAUGACUGUAAAAUAGUGUGUUUGGUUGGAAAUUUAGUGCGGUUGACUGCGUUUGGUGUGGACAAUGUUACGUGCAUUGUUAGAUAAAUUCUGGGACGAAGAUGUGUGGCUGCCUCCGAACACCACUUGGGACGAUAUUGCUCCUGGUCCUGAUAAAGCAGUGGUUUACGCAGACUAUAGGCAUCUACUCUAUCCUAUACCUUUGGCCAUCGUGCUAAUAGUUUUACGGCAAACGUUAGAAAAAUAUAUAUUUGCACCAUUUGGCAAGUCAUUAGGUAUUAAGAACACAAGAUCAAAGAAAGCACCAAAUAAUCCAAAGUUGGAGUCAGCGUAUGUGGACUGCCCUAAGAUUAAACAUAAACAGUUGUAUUUGAGCAAGGAUGAGAUAUGCGCGCUGGCAAAGCAGUUAGAUAUGUCCGAGAGGCAGGUGGAGCGCUGGUGGCGGCUCCGAAGAAGCCAGGAGAAGCCGUCCAAACUCACCAAGUUUUGCGAGAACGCGUGGAGGUGUACCUUCUACUUCUACAACUUCUCCUACGGGAUGUUUAUCCUGUGGGACAAAGACUGGCUGUGGGAUAUCGACCAGUGUUAUAUUGGAUAUCCUCAUCAGGGUAUCACGAGCGACAUCUGGUGGUACUACAUGGUAUCGGCAGCGUUCUAUUGGGCGCUGACGAUGUCCCAGUUCUGGGACGUGAGGCGGAAGGACUUCUGGCAGAUGUUCGUCCACCACAUCGCCACCAUAGCGCUGCUGUCGUUCAGCUGGGUGUGCAACUUGCAUCGCAUUGGGACAUUGGUGCUGCUAUUACACGACUGUACUGAUAUAUUUUUAGAGGCUGCAAAAGCGGCGAAGUAUGCAAACUACCAGAAGUUAUGCGACGCAAUAUUUACUGUGUUCACCGUGCUAUGGAUUGUCACGAGGCUUGGGAUAUAUCCGUUUUACAUUAUUUGGAGCACGUCAAUCCGGGCGCCGAUGCUACUGCCGAUGUUCGCGGCGUACUACAUCUUCAACUCGCUGCUGUGUCUACUUCUUGCGCUACAUAUGCUGUGGACGUGGCUCAUACUUCAAGUUGCCUACAAAUCCAUCAACGCUGGCAAGAUGGAAGGCGACAUUCGUAGUUCUAGUUCAGACUUCAGUGACAGCUCGCACCAGUCCAACCACAGUACACCCAACAGACUUAAUAAAAAAGACACAUAGGGGUAACCUAUCGGGUGCUGGGCCAGAAAAGUGGUGAACAUAAAUUACUUAAUAAACUUCAUAUCUUUAAACCGACGUUAAGCUAUAAACAUUAACUUGGUUUAAACAAUGCCAGGUGAAGCCAACUUUAAUGACUUACCAAAAAAUCUUUAAAUAACUUAUCAAAAAAAUAAAUUAUAUUAAGUAUGUCGACUUUAUUUCACUCGACAUAAACAAAUUUUGUAUGAGAAACCGUGAAGAUGGACACAUUGGUGGACAUUAUAUCGAUUACAAAACGUUGAUCAAUAGCAGAUCUAGCAUAACUUUAGCGGGAAUAUGUCGAUUUUAUUGACACGUCGAGAAAACAGUUUCUUCCGUUAUGAGGAGGCGAGGCGACCUACUUGGCGCGGUGGAGAGCGCUGUUGUCUUAUAAAUCCACACUUGGUCGACUUCGACCAGUGUGGUCGACUUCGGUCGGGUUCGACUCCAGGUCAGAUUUCUAAAUUGUCUCUGGUCUGGUCUGGUGGGAGGUUUCGGCCGUGUCUAAUUACCACUCUACCAGCAAAGCCGUGUCGCCAUGCGAUUUAGCGUUUCGGCACG